UUUUUUUAAAAGCACUAUAUAUUUCAUUUCUGCUUUUCCCUUCUUUUUUCUUUUCUCCUGCCUUUUUGUUAUUGUUCAAAAAAGAGAAAAAGCCCCUUCUUUGGAGUCCAUGUCUUAUAUUAAUUCACUCAAUGUGCUUACGGACGAAAGUCCUCUUUCUAUUUCGGAGGAACAGUUGAAGGAGGAACUUUCCUUGUGGGCCAAUGCGCAGUUCACGUUUGAUACGGAGCCUGGAAGCGCGUUGCUGGAUGAUCUUGAUAAGCAACAAACCUCAGAGGACCAUCAUCAGUACCUCUCGCACCAUGACUUUCCCUUUUUUGCUGAUAUCUCACCUCAACUAGCGGUUCCCGGCUCGGUGGCGUCGCCGGCUCCAUAUUACAUACCGCAACCAUCCCAUCCAGGAACACCGGUGGCCUUGCCUCGCUUAGCACCGGCGCCUAGCACUGUCAUGGAAACGGAACCAAAACCGUCGUCUGCCGCGUUGCCAAAAAAACGCAGAGAGUCUACCAAGCCGCUAUCUUCCCACAGACUCGCGGCCGAUGAGGAUAAGCGGCGACGCAACACGGCUGCUUCAGCUCGAUUCCGCAUGAAGAAGAAAAUGCGAGAACAAGCAUUGGAACAAACUGCCAAGGAAAUGACAUUGAAAGCUGAAGCCCUCGAAAAGCGAGUGCAGGAGCUGCAAAUGGAAGCCAAAUGGCUGCGAGCUCUCGUUGUGGAAAAAGAUCCACAGUUACUGAAUGUGGCAGAUCGCCCAUCGUCUUUUACUGGUUCGAAUUAAGGUCAAGCAAUCCAUUGUUAUUUAUGAACCCAACUUUUUUUAUAUGCCAAAUAGAAAUGAACAAUUGAAUAAAAUAUGCACCCAUCACGGUUGGUUUAUGUCCUGGGAUCCUUUUUUUUUUUUUUUUUUU